AGUGCCCCAUGUGCAGGGAAUUUUUCUCUGAGAGAGCAGAUCUUUUUAUGCAUCAGAAAAUCCACACUGCAGAGAAACCCCAUAAAUGUGACAAGUGUGAUAAGGGUUUCUUUCACAUAUCAGAACUUCAUAUUCAUUGGCGAGACCACACAGGAGAGAAGGUCUAUAAAUGCGAUGAUUGUGGUAAGGAUUUCAGCACGACAACAAAACUUAAUAGACAUAAGAAAAUCCACACUAGAGUCCACACUGGGGAGAAGCCCUUCAAAUGUGAAGAAUGUGGGAAAGCCUUCAGGCAUACUUCCAGUCUCUGCAUGCAUCAAAGAGUCCACACUGGAGAGAAGCCCUAUAAGUGUUAUGAGUGUGGGAAGGCCUUUAGUCAGAGCUCCAGCCUCUGCAUCCAUCAGAGAGUGCACACGGGGGAGAAGCCCUAUAGGUGUUGUGGGUGUGGGAAGGCCUUUAGUCAGAGCUCCAGCCUCUGUAUCCACCAGAGAGUGCACACGGGGGAGAAGCCUUUUAAGUGUGAUGAGUGUGGCAAGGCCUUCAGCCAGAGUACAAGCCUUUGCAUCCACCAGAGAGUACACACCAAGGAGAGAAACCAUCUUAAAAUAUCAGUUAUAUAAAGAUGUUUUGUAAAGGAUUAAAAAUCUUAAAUCCGUAAGUGCCACUAGGAAGGAAGUCCGGAAUCCACCUACAUUGACCCUGGGACAUCUACAGUAGUCCCUGGGAAAACAUUCUUUCAGAGGAGGUGAGGUUGUGUUUUUCUGAACUCGGAAUUCUUUGAGUGUGCCCAAGAUGGAGCAUUGUGUCCCUGUCACAGGAGUGGUGUUUUCUGGGACUCCAGCAACAUGCCUCAGCAGUUGAAAUAAUCUUCAAAAGUUUUGAGCCUUGCUCAGCCUCUGAGUCACUUCUGUCUGUGCUCUGCUUCCAGGCAACUCCAGACACUCCCUUUCAGAGCACAUGCUCCUUCCUGUUUGACCCUACCUACUGGUCAGUGCGUUUAAAAAUGGACAGCUCCCGUGAAGGCCGAGUCCUGGUAUUUCUGAGGUUGCCAUUCGACUCAACCCUGACAUAGCUUUCCAUAUAGCCUAUUGUUUCUGAAUCCACCUUACCUCAUGUCCUCAGAAUACCUACAAAAACCUAUCCCUUCCUAGAUGGCAUUAAAUUUCAUUUUAGAUUUUAGGAAAGUCAUAAUAUGCACUCACUCAGCCGAUCAGGAAUCACUGGCAGAUGUACAUGCCCUAGAACUUUUCUUUAGUUUUUUUGGACUCUGCUAAUCACUGUGUCUCUAAGUUAGACCUAUUUUCUAGUGGCUGCGUCACAUGCUUUAACUUGAAUUUUUUUUUUUUUUUUUUUAAGUAGCUGAAUGUAUAUAUCAGGGAGGAAGAAGCAAGCAAACUAAGCUUGCCUGCUUCAAGAGUGACCCUUUCAGGCUCCUUUUUUAAGUGGUGGGGUUCCCUACCAGCUGGGGACGCCUUGAGAAGGCUGACUGGGGAGUCAAGGAGGAUGAAUCUGUCAUCUCAGGCAAUAAUGUGUAGGCGUCAUCAUGAAUCACAUUACAGUUUUCUUUAGGCAUGAGUGUGUAUUAUUGAUCCAUCCUCAUUCAUUCACUGAGUAUUUAUUGAAUGCCUCCUGGGUGUUGGACAUGUACUGGGUGCUGGGAAUGCCACUGGAUCAUGAAAUUCACCUCCGGAGGAGACGGGAUAAGCAAGUUAACACAUAAGUAAUGUAGUUUGCGGUAGUGAUUAAGUGCUAUGAGAAUAAACUAGGGUGGUAUGUAGAGGGGGGUGGGGGGCCAGGUAGCAAGGGUCAGGAACUCUGCGCUAAGGGUACUGGGGCCAGGUGAAGGGAGCAAUGACAGUACACAGCACAGGUGCUGCUGGCUCUGGGGCGGAGAUGCAGGCGUUGGAGGUAGUGUGUGGGGAGGGGAGGCACUGAGCAAUGAGCUUAGCAGUCAGCAUUUAUGGGCCUGUUUGUGUUGUUUCUACUGGCUGAUGGUAUAACUCAUGGAGGAACUCAAGGGAUGUUGAAAAGACCAAAAGUCCCCAGUGACACCAACACAGAGCUCCCAUUUCCGUUUCCUUCUCAUUCCCAUUCUCCGUCUCCCACAUGAGUCCUUUGCUCAGGAAGUCUUUGGGAAAACUAAUGUCUUGUAAGUCUGAAGUGGAUGACUUUCUUGGUGGCUUCUGCCAGCCAUCUAAGGCUGGAGAAAGAACUUCCCAGAUGGCUAGAAAUACAAGACUGCUUGUUUAUUUUUUUUUUCUUUUUCUUUUCUUGGUGAUUGGCUGGAAGAGGUUUUUGUAAAACCGAAGUCUUGGUGCAUAGAAGGCUUCAUAGAGCACAUAGUCAGCGGGUGGGGUUUGGGAAUGAUUCUGUCACCAUGUGUUUCAGUGCAGACACCUUCUGGCAAGCCUCUGGCCCACUGGUCACUGCCUUUCCCCUCUCCACAGAGGGCUGUUGGCUAACAAAGCCCCUUCCUGGCCUCAGCCACCACUGCAGUUUACUGUAGUGUCGUGUCGCCCCUGCGUGGAGCGUUAGAGAAAAGCCUAGACUUUCUGUUGAUAGCCAGUUGAAAUAUCAUCAAUAGAGUUUUAGUUUAGGAAAAUUGGUUUGAUUUCUAGCUUUAUUACUAUUAGGUAUGUGAGCUUGGGCAAAUUGCUUAAUCUUCAGGUCUAGUUUUCUCACUGAAUGAGGGCACUGGACUAAAUGAUUUCCCAAUUUCCAGCUAGUCCUAGAGUUCUAUAUUUCUACAUAGUUGAAUUAUUUUAUCAUGCUGUUGCUGGGGAAUACAACUAACACUUUUGAAGCUACUAAUUUUAUGUCAAGCUUUAAAGUCCAUAAUUGUUAUCUUCAGAAAAUAUUAUUUGACCUACAGUAUGUCAAAAUCAAUUUAAUAAAAUCACUUUAUAACAGGGCCUCA